AUGUCGGCCAAGAGGUGGACAUUUUACGUGAGGACAUUGGCCGACUGCUGCAAGCACUGCCCUACGACGGUACAGCUUUUCCAUCGCCCCGUCAAUAUACAGUUUCGAAGGGGUUUCGACAAGGCGACCCCGUGUCGCCAAAGUUUUUACCGCCUUGGAGUGGGUGAUGAAAUCACCGGAAACGAGAAAGGUGAUGGGAGAUUCGAUAAACAUGGAGAACGAUGUGAAAGAAGAAGUAAACAGGAAGCGAAGAGCAGCUUACGUCGCCUUCAGGCCUCUUAA